AUGAAAUUUUACCAUCCAUUCUCUUUUUUACCGGGGCCUGUAACAUGUAUCACAACUAUUGUUUACCUUUCAAUCAUUAUUCCUCUAUUAAUCGUGCACGAAACUAUUCCGGAUAUUUCAAAAAACUUGAACGGGUACAAUGGAAUAAAUCUCACCGAGGCUUGGCUCGAUCUAGAUGUGUUAAGCAGUGGAUAUCAUCCAUUCAAUAGUCGUCAAAAUAGUAUAGUUCGUGAUUGGAUUAUUGCAAGAAUCUCAGAGAUCUUAGACCUUAACAACAUAAACUGGAUGAUAGUUAACGAGCUGAGCGAAGACGUCAACAAAAAUCAAAAUAUGAUGGACCCAUCGACAGGCUCUAAUCCCUUGGCUUACAAUCAAACUGAAAAAUAUUCACAAGGAUCAUCACACGAUGUGACAAUCUUCAACGAUCUUCUGACAAACUAUACUAGUACCAUACUUUCUAAUGUAAGGAUAAAGGGAAGAAGGCCUGGGGUAAGCACGUACUUUGAAGGAAGUAACAUAAUCGUGUAUAUUCGUGGAGCCCAGGAUGAGCCUGGUCAAUGGUGGGAUUUUUCUUCUUCAAACAUUAGACAUAAACGUGCGAAUGGAGGUGUUCUAGUCAAUGCACACUUUGAUAGUGUUUCUACAGGAUACGGAGCCACAGAUGACGGAAUGGGUGUUAUAACAGCUCUACAGCUAAUUAAAUACUUCACCACCCCGGAGAAUCAACCUGAGCGAGGAGUGGUCAUUCUUCUUAACAACAAUGAAGAGGACGGCCUGUAUGGUGCCAAGGCGUUCCUAUCUCAUCCAACGGCAUCUUUCAUUCGAACAUUUCUGAACCUAGAAGGAGCUGGAGCUGGUGGUCGAGCUAUUCUUUUUCGCAGUACAGAUAUGGAAGUUACCCGUGCAUAUUCAAAUUCACCUCAUCCGUUUGGUACUGUCGUGGGUGCGGAUGGAUUCGCGUUAGGCAUGAUUAAAAGUGAGACUGACUAUGUUAUUUUUCGUGAAGAAGGCUAUCGUGGACUUGAUGUUGCAUUUUGGGGGCCAAGGUCAAGGUAUCAUACAGACCAAGACGAUACUAAGCAUACUUCCAAACUAUCAUUAUGGCACAUGUUAUCUGCAUCAAUUGAAACCGUCAAUUAUCUAACACAAAAUUCUGCAGAGUUUACCGAUGUCCGAAUAGACGAUGUCACUGAUGGCUCAAAAUAUAAGAAGGGAACUACCGGGGUUUGGUUUGACUUAUUCGGUCGCUUUUUCGCGGUCUUUGGUCUACGAACACUUUUCGCUUGGUCUUUAUCAUUAUUAGUGGUCUCUCCUCUUACUCUUGCAACAGUUUCAUAUUUAUUGAUUCGCCAAGAUAAAUACUAUCUUUUCGCAGGAACUAUAUUUAGUCGAGCACAAAGUAAUCUGUGGGCUUUGAAAGGCUGGCAUGGGGCUUUUAGAUUUCCUCUAACGCUUAUAAUUUCGUCUGCUUUCAUGGCCGGAGCUGCUCUAAUACUCGAUCGUUUCAAUCCUCUAAUAAUAUACUCAUCACAAUAUACCGUUUGGGCGAUAUUUAUGAGCCUCUUCUUCUGUGUUUUCUGGAUUAUGAUGGUUGGAUUUAAUAUGAUCAGACCUUCAGCCUUACACAGGAUUUAUACUUUACUUUGGAUGUUUUUUUUAAGUUGGGUGCUCCUGAUAGUAGUCACUGUCUAUGAGGAUAGAUUUCAAAUCAGCAGUGGCUAUAUCAUAGUCUUCUACCAAGCUGCUAUCUUUUUGGCAACUUUGAUAGGUCUAUUUGAGCUAUUCUCACUUCCAAAUAAAAGUAUCGUGGUUGAAAAUUCGGACGAUGUAUCUAGAGCCUUCGAAGCAAUCGCAUUUAUACCUACUCCUGAAUCUAUCCCAAGUCCAAGUCGAGUUGGGCAAGAUUUUAGGGAAGAGGAAGUAGAAGCUAACGAGGAGACCCCCUUGAUUGGUGGUUAUAGUCACCGCCCAAUUCCAUGCACAACGUUUGCAAGGGCUUAUCGAAAAACAAGUACCGCACAGAGCGAUGGUCUUCAGAAUGAAAUGGACACUAAACACAGUUAUGGUAACGAACAGAAAUGGUCAGCUGGUCUCUUUUCUUGGAUGUGGCUUCCUCAAUUUCUUAUUAUAGCUCCGAUCACACUUAUCAUUAUCGGACAAGUGGGUCUCUUAAUUGUUAGCGCUACAAGGCAGACGGGUCCAGAUGGCAGUGCUCUUUUGAUACCUUACUUAGCAGUGAUGGCAUUUUCUAUCCUGUUAGUCUUACCCUUGGUACCAUUUAUGCAUCGCAUCACGCAUCAUGUGCCAGUAUUUUUAUUUGUUGUUUUGCUAGUUUCUCUAGUAUACAACCUCAUCGCUUUUCCAUUUUCGCCACAAAAUAGAUGCAAAGUUUAUUUUCAACAAUCUAUUAAUCUUGAUAGCCGAAAAAAUAAUGUUACCCUUGUCGGUAUCGAAGGAUAUGUUCGUGAUAUAAUCUCUUAUAUUCCAAGUGCAGCUGGUCAAACAAUCGGUUGUUAUACACAACCUGAGAUUCGGCAGGGACUCAAUUUCUGCUAUUAUGAAAGCAUUGAGCCUCAAAUUACAAAAAGCAACCCUAAUAUUGGACAGAAACAGGUGCCGAUAUCUGAGUGGCUACAGUUUAAUGUGACAAGAUUAGUAGGCAAAAAUAAAGCGACUUUUCAAAUUACCGGUCUCGAGACAAAAGCAUGUACCAUUCGUUUUGAUCAGCCUUUUAGCAGUUUUCAUGUGCAUGGAGCAGCGUCGGACAAUGGGCGCUUGGCCUAUUUUCCCGAUACAGGCAGUGAUGAGAUCAAACUUUGGCACCGCGACUGGAACCGAGAGUGGGUUCUAGACGUUGAAUGGCCAAUUAUUGAAGGGCAACAAGCUGAUGGCGAGAGCAAGUCUGGGGCCAUUGUGUGCCUCUGGAGUGAUCAUAACAUAGCGGGCACAAUCCCUGCUUUGGAUGAAGUACAGAAGUUCAUGCCAGAUUGGUCUACGGCUGUCAAACUUGCAGAUGGACUUGUUGAGGGCUCUAAAGCAUUUGUUGUAUAG